CUUUGAAAAAGUGAAUUCAUAUCAAGUUUUUGAGAACUGCUCAAUUUGCAGUUUGUCGCCAAUAAAACCAUUGUGAAAAUUAGAAAUACCAAAAAUUAAAGGAAAAUUGAUAUUAUCCUGGAAUUUAUUCACUCGCUUAAAAUUUACUGAAAUUUUACUAAAAUAAUUUAUUAACGUCGAGCAUAAAGAGUAAGGAUUUUUUUAAACUAUGGCGACUGUAUUAAAUAUUUCCGAGAUUAUGUCGACUCUUAAUCCUCAUUCUAAUGAUGAUCAUGUCCAUGUUUAUUGGCUGGAAAUAAGAAUUCCUGAGAGAGCAAUGGAUUCAGGCAAUUGUGAGGCGUCUCCUAAAACUAAUAAGACAAAACAUUCGUUGAAUUGUUCACUAAAGUUUUAUAAAAUUAAUAAAACAAUCUCUAUAUAUAUUAAAUUUUCAAAACUCCCUUCAAGUCACAAAUUUAGAGUAUCUUGUUAUGGCACAAACAAGGAAGUGAUGUUGUCUGCAAACCAGGACACAACUAUCAUAACUGAAAAUACAUUUAAUUUUUAUACCUGUAUUGAGAACUUAACUAUAAACUAUGACUUUAAUUAUUUUAGAGAAAUGUUGAUGUUUUGCAAAAUAGAAGAGAUAAAUGUUAAAAUUUUAGAUGUUAGUAUUCCUAAAAAUAUAAUUUCUAAACUUCUCUCUCUAUAUGAAGAAAGAAAAUUAACUGAUUUUAAAAUAAUUUGCGAAGAUCAAGAAUUUUGUGUACAUAAAACGAUUCUCGUGUGUCAUUCGGAUGUGUUUCAAGCCAUGUUUGAAAAUCCGAUGAAAGAAUCUCGAGAAAAUGUACUUGUAAUAAGUGAUUUUAAACCAAAAAUUGUAGAAACAAUGAUUCGCUACCUAUACACAGAGAAAAUGAGCGCAGAUUUAUCUGAAGACAAUUUAAAACAGCUUCUUUUGAUUGCAAACAAGUAUAAUGUAGAAAGUUUGAAAAAAAAUUGUUUAAGUGAGAUGUGUAAAUUAGUAAAUGACUUCAGAAAAGCUUUGGACAUACUUCUUUAUGUUGAAUUGUAUAAUUUUGAUGAUUUGAGGGAUUUAAUGAUUAAAUACUUAAAAGAUAAUGUACACACAUUGUCUUAAAAAUAAAACUUAGUUCUGUAUAAUGGUCAUACGAUUGCAGUGUAAUCAUGCCUGCCUUUUCAUGCAUGUAUAAAGAACUUUAAGUUCUAAAAAUUAUUACCCUACGAAUUAUUUUGUUCUCUUUAUUAAAAUAUUCAUUUCUAUAAUUAAUAUUGAUAUUAAUAUCAAACGUUUACUAAAAAACAGGUCAAAUUUGUAUAAAUUAUCAGCGGUCCAUGCGAAUUGUCAGUUUUCUUCUACAUUACAAACUUGCUUCAUUACAAAUAUAAUAACAAACAAAAGAAAGAAUAAAUUUAUGACCAGAGCGAAAGAAAUAUAAUGUAAUUACAAAAUGAAGUUUACUGCCUUAGUAAAUAAGAAACCAGCAUUCUCUUUGUCGAUAGCGCAAGAGUAGAACUAAUCAUGAUAAAAAUUUAAUUUACCGAUGUGCACAUCACUUUUUAACUGAUAACAAUGAAUAAAAAGCAAAAGACCUUUUU